UUUUUUUUUUUGUUAUAGUUACAUGAAAGAAGCGUAACUUGUCAGAUUUUCUUAGUCACAAACACCCCCUUUUUUCAGAUCUUAAAGAUAUCCACCGAAAAGCAAUAUGUCAACUGUCAUUGAUGCAAUCCGCCACAAGACAUUUGAUUUGAAGAUUGAAGUCGAAAAUAAAGAGAUAGUACUCAUUGGAUAUCCUUCCGAAGCUGCUGGCAAGGUGCUGCGAGGCAAAGUCAUCCUUACCUUGGAGGAGCCGAUGAAAUUACGAGCUAUCACCCUAAACUUCCUCGGCAAAAUGAAGGUAGCAUGGUCUGAAGGCAUAGGUCAUCAUCAACAUUAUCAUAAACAAGAAAAAGAUAUUCUCGAACAUAAAUGGCAAUUUGUACCUGUCAUGGAUCAGCUUCCCAAGAAAUCUUACACACUAAACCAAGGCCGACAUGAAUGGGAUUUUGAAUUAUCACUACCAGGCACCUUGCCUCAAACCCUUGAAGCAGAAGGAGGUCAGAUCAUCUACCGUCUUAAAGCAGUCGUUGAACGAUCUGUUCUUCUGCAGAACAUUGUGAAAAAGCAACCUAUUCGUAUUGUACGAUGCUUGUCGCCCAACGCGUUUGAUCUAGCUCAAUCAUUAGAAAUUCACAACACUUGGACGGAAAAGAUGAUGUAUGAUAUUUUAUUACCCUCAAAACUCUAUACACGUGGCCAGUUGAUACCGGUUACUUUUCAUAUCACUCCCAUUGCCGCUGGACUUCGCGUUCGAUCGCUGACGGCUUCACUCAAAGAAUACUGCACCUAUUCCGCUCACGACUGUUCAAAAACGGACACACGCAUUAUUAAAUUACAUAAAGAUGAAGAUCCUUUUCCUAGUGCUCCUGUUAGGCGUACAAUUUCAACUACUACUGCUUCUUCUUCUUCUUCGUCUAUUACAACAAGUACCCCAUCUAAUCCUACCACUACUACAACUACUACUACGAAUACUACGAAUACUACUAAUACUCCUACUCUUACGACUACCUCUUCAAACAACGAUAUUCAUCUUUCCAACAAUUACCGGCAUUCAGGUACCAGCAAUCAUAGUGGUGACGGUAGUCGUCCUCAUCAGGAGAAUCAUCGUGAUGAUGGACCGGUCAGUUGGACAAAAGUGAUACAAUUGGACAUCCCGCCAAUGUCAUCUCAAGCAGCAUUUUGUGACGCAGAUAACGAUCUCAUCCGUAUACGCCAUAAAAUGAAGUUUAUUAUUUGUUUAGCCAAUGCGGAUGGCCAUCUCUCUGAAUUACGCUGUUCCGUACCUAUCAUCAUUGUUUCAUCCGUGUCUUCGGAAAACGAAAUGAAUUUGAGCAGUUCACUCCCUGCUUAUGAUCAAUCGUGGCGAACCGUAUUAUGUAUGGAAGGUCCUCCUCCACCUGAUUCCUCUCAGCAACAGCAACAGCAACAGCAAUUACAAGAGUACGAAGCAACUACUUCUUCGUCCUCUGCUACUUCUUCCAACAGACAUUUGGAACAAGCUUCUCAGCCGCGACCUAUUCUACAACUCACGAGCACAUCCUCUUCAUCCAUAGUGCAGCAAGAACAAGUACAACAGCCGUAUAUGCGUCGUAUGAAUACACAAGAGGAUCAUCUGCACAACAGAAGUGACGUGUUGACUCAUCGACAAGGUAACGCUGCUACAACGGCGUCCACGACAUUGCCUUUUACCUCAACCUCCACUCCUUCUCUCAUACCCAACAACUCGUUUGCUACCAUUCCUGCUGCUCAUAUUCCUAUACCAACAACAUCAGCAACGACGACAACGACAGCUAAUACAAGACCCGUCACUACCGCUUCUUCUACGGCUUUAACCAUGUCACCUAUAUCAGCCACUUCACCGACGCUUUCUUCUUCUCCUGCUCCUUCUGUUUGGUGGCAUGGAACAAAUUUAUCCCGUGUCCCUUCCUAUCGAACAGCUGCUCAACAAGAACAAGCCACGUUUUCUUCUUCCUUACCGACGUACGAACAAAUCACGUCUGCCAUACAAGCCAUGACCACUACUCCUUCGGCGGCUGCGUCGACUGCCAAUAAUACAAGGUCCAGCAAUAAUAACAAUACGAAUCAUACGAGCAGUCCCUAUGGAGAAGUUUCUUCGAAUGCAACUUUUAGGGCAACCACUGCAGCACCUGCUUCUACUGUGAUAACGGCAGAUAAUGACAUUAUUUAUAAAAAAGAUUAAAGAAUUUUUCUUCUCUUUCAAUUACAGUUUUAUCUAAUAAAAAUGAUAACACGUCCUUCAUAUCCCA